GCGGCGGGGCCUGCCCGGGGGCGGGCGCCGUCUGGGAGGCCUGCGCGGCCAUGGCGCUCCCGCUUGCAGCUCUGCGCGUCCUUCUGGGCGGCUUCUUCGCGCUCACGGGGACAGCAAAGCUCUCGGGGCAGAUCUCCGCUCCGGUGUCGGAGCAGAUGAAAGCUCUGUUCGUGCAGUUCGCUGAGGUGUUUCCACUGAAGGUGUUCGGCUACCAGCCAGAUCCCAUGAGCUACCAAGUAGCUGUGGGCUGGCUGGAACUGCUGGCUGGGUUGCUGCUGGUCCUGGGCCCACCGAUGCUGCAAGAGAUCAGUAACUUGCUUUUGACUCUGCUCAUGAUGGGGGCCAUCUUCACUUUGGCAUCUCUGAAAGAGUCACUGAACACCUGCAUCCCAGCCAUCAUCUGCCUGGGGCUCCUGCUGCUGCUGGAUAUCUGCUAGCUCUUAGUCUAAACUAAAAAGAUGUUCAGACCUACUAGGAAGAAUUCUCCCAGUGAAUUCAAGGACUCCUGGGAGUAGAGUGUCUCUUGCCUCUUCAUGCCAUGUCACUGUCAAAGCAGGAACAUGGUGGAAGACAAGAGUGCCACCUCAUUGCCAAUACUACCAAGGUCGGCCAGUGUUGAAGUAGACAUCUGGUCUACCUGGCCCUGCUUUCUCGCUUAGAUGGUUACCGCUCUUUUUUGAGGGGUACGUGUUACACAUUCCAGCAUUCCUCAUGUCAUUUGAAAAUAGUAAGUGUAAAUCACCCAAAAUUUUAAUGCCCCAAGUAACUACUUUCAAUUCCUUUGUGUAACUGUACCUUCCAACUUUUUUCUGUGCCUUUAUUUAGAUAUUGUUUAAUGAAAAUGAGAGUUUAUAUUUGACUUUAUUACCUGCUUUUUAAACCUAAUACAUUGUAAUACCAUU